AUCAGUGCAAUUUUUUAAAAAUAUUUUUUAGUUAUAAUUUAAUAAAUUAUGUAAAAUAAAAAAAUCAAAAAUGUCGUCUAACUUUAUUAUUAUUCAUUUAAUUAAUUAAUUUUUUUUUUUUUUUUCAGAAACAAUGAAGUAUUGUCUGAAGAAUCUUUAUCUAGUGGAGAUUUAUUAGUAUUACCAGAACCAAGGAAUAAGUUUACAGAAUUAGAAAUGGAUUCUAUAAGGGGGUUUAUAAAUAAUGGGAAAAAUGUUUUGGUGAUGCUAGGUGAAGGUGGAGAAAAUAAAUUUAAUACAAAUAUUAAUUUUUUACUUGAAGAAUUUGGAAUAAUGGUUAAUAAUGAUAGUGUCAUAAGAAUUAAUUAUAGUCGUACAUUACACCCGAAAGAAUGUACAAUAUCUCAAGGCUUAUCGAAUAAAUCGCGAUUUGUCAAAAAUCGUGAUGAAGUUGUUAAUAUGAAUUUUAUUUAUCCAUACGGAGCAACAUUGAACGUCGUCCAGCCUUCAGUAGUUGCAUUGUCAAGUGGGACUAUGGCAAUACCUACCAACAGACCUAUUUGCGCCUAUUAUUCUUCACCAACAAGUUCUGGAAAGUUAGUAGUACUCGGCUCAUCGAGAUUACUAACAGACUCUUACAUAGAAAAGGAACAUAAUGAUGCUUUGAGAGAAAUGAUUUUUGAUUUUUUUAAAUCCAAAGAACAGUUUUCUAAAGAAUAUCAUUUUGAUGACAUUGAUUACUCAGAAUAUAAUUUUGUACCAGAUAUAACACAAUUAGCAGACGAACCAAAAGUUUGUACUCAAGACCUAGAUACUAUUGAUAUUCCUCGAGAAUACACAAAAUUAUUUAAGCAUCAUUUUUAUUCAAUCAACUUGUCAAUGAUACCAGAGUGUAUUAGUGCGUAUCAACUUUUAGGAGUUUUCCCACCAAGUUUCCAAGAACUUCAACCGCCAGCCCUAGAACUGUUCGACCUCGAUGAAGAAUUCAGUUCUGACCUGCUAAAACUGUCACAGUUGACAAAUAAAUACAUGUCAAUGAAAGAUCCUGCUAAUGAAUCAGAACUUGAUUAUUAUAUCAGAGAAUUUGGAGAAAUGAUACGAAUCAAUACGUCAUCCGAUAUACCUACAUCAAAGGAAAUUUUGAAUUUCAAUGACCUGAAGACACAAUCAUUGCCGUUAGCGAGGAUAAAAAAAAUAAUGAAGCUAGACGGUGACGUGAAAAUGAUAAGUGCUGAAGCUCCAAUGUUAUUCUCAAAAGCUGCUGAAAUAUUUAUCCACGAAUUAACCCUGAGAGCGUGGAUUCACACGGAGGACAAUAAAAGACGUACAUUGCAGAGAAAUGACAUUGCAAUGGCCAUCACUAAGUACGAUCAAUUUGACUUUCUGAUCGACAUUGUACCGAGAGAUGAGUUAAAGCAAAGCAAAGCACAGGAUAAUGUCGUACGCACUUCGAUGAGUUCUGAUCAAGUUCAUUAUUAUUUUCAAUUGGCUCAACAGCAGUCUAAUAAUCAGACCGUGCAAAAUAAUGGAGCACAGUCGAUACAAAUCGUACAACCGCCUGCUGGGCAAAUACAAACUAUUAAUAUGCCCAUUAGUAAUUCUGUUGAACAAGCUCCUCAACAAUCGAAUCAACAAGUGAUACAGCUUCAACAAGCGCAAUCACCAUCCUCACAAAGUGGAGGAAUUCAAAUAGUACAACAAAUUAUUCAAUUGACGCCCCAGCAACUUCAAAUGAUAAGAAUGCAAGUACAAGGUGGCAGUAAUCAGCCGAUAAUAAUCCAAGCAGCACCCAUAGCAGCUCAGCCUCAAAUAAUUCAAGUAGCCGGAAGUGGUCAAGCACCGGUAUACCUGCAAACCAACGGCACUGAUAAUGAAUAA